CUGCGUAUCGGACUGCUUCUGGAUAACGGACUCGGAAUCGACAAGACCUGCGGCGAUGAGCAAAAGUAGAGAGGUUCGGUUGUGAUGCACACCGGGCUUUGUCCGAUGCUUGCACGUAGGCGGCUCAGAGAGAGUGGUCGCUUUUGCGCUGAUUGAGGUGACAGCGUGAGCUCGGCAGCACUCUGAGUGUCCAAGCAGCCCUAUUCAGGGAAGCACUGCUUGCCCCACACGGGGACGGGACUAGAAAAGGUGUCCUAAAAAUUGCUCGCCUCAAAACUACAGGGAGGUAGUAACCACGGCUGCCUGAGCAUCCCUCCAAUCGUGGUCGAAAACGAGCACAUUAUAACACGACAUCAAAAAUGACAUUUGCUGCAUGGAACGUACGCACACUGAUUGAUCGCGAUACCAACAUUUGCCCUGAAAGAAAAACCGCUAUAGUGGCACGUGAACUUCGUCGCUAUAAUGUGGAUGUAGCCGCAAUCAGCGAGACCCACCUGGCCGACGAAGGAGAACUAGUGGAGCACGGUGGCGAGUAUACUUUUUACUGGAAGGGGACUCCUGCAUCCGAGCCAAGACGCUCAGGAGUCGGGUUUGCGAUCAAAAGCGCUAUUGUGAAGAAACUGGUUGAAUGUCCAGUGUUUAUUUCCGACCGCAUUAUCACUUUGCGCUUACACUUGGAAAAUAAUCAGUACCUCAACUUGAUAAGCGUUUAUGCCCCAACGAUGACCAACGAUGACGACAUUAAGGAGCGUUUCUAUGAAGAGCUUGCAGCCACCCUCUCUGGUAUUCGACCGGUAGAGAAGAUCCUUCUGCUUGGUGACCUGAAUGCUAGAGUUGGCCGUGAUUAUGAAGCUUGGCCGCGUGUUUUGGGUCGGCACGGUAUAGGUAACAUGAACAGUAAUGGCCAAAUGUUACUCAGCCUCUGUGCGCAAUUUGGCUUGGCUAUAACCAAUACCUAUUUUAGAUUACCCAUUAAGCACAAGGUCACAUGGAUGCACCCGAGGUCCAAACACUGGCACCUUAUAGACUACGCCAUAGUCCGGCAAGCGGAUAUUUCGCAAGUCCUCGUCACGCGGGUUAUGCGAGGGGCCGAAUGUUGGACGGAUCACAAGCUUGUGGUGACUAAAGUAAAACUGCGACUUCGCCCGCCCGUCAGAUCCAACAGAGUCAAUUCAGCACGUCUUGACGUAAAUAAACUGGCUAGUAUGGAAACUCGAAACAGUUAUUGUCAUGCUUUGAAUAACGCAACCUCAACAAUUGACACAGAUGGUGACUUACAAAUGACAUGGGACUUACAGUGA